AUGAUCGCACUGUGUCUGAUAUUUCCACUUCUCAUAGAGAUGGUUCAUGGAGUAGCUCGGACUGAGUCCUCAUCCAUCAGUCAGAAGAAUGGUCUCAUGUCAGCCAACGUUGGAGACACAGUGGUUUUGGUCUGCUUCAACAAAGGCGACAUGGGAAUAAUGUUCUCCUGGUACAAGCAAACUUUUGGAAAUACUCCUCAGCUCAUCUCGACCAUCUAUAAGUUGGACAAGAAUGCAACAUUUUACCAUGAGUUUAAGGAUAACCCUCGCUUCUCAGUGGAAGGUGGCCAAGGGAAAAAUAAUCUAAUGAUAGCAGAUGUGGAACUCUCUGAUUCAGGCACAUACUAUUGUGGAAGUGCUUUUGGAAACAAUGUGGAGUUUGGACAAGGAGUCAUUCUCAUUAUAAAAGGUUCCGGGUCCAGAAAUAUGCCUGUUAUACAUCAGUCUGUGUCUGAGUCAGUCCAGCCAGGAGAUUCUGUGACUCUGAACUGUACAAUACACACGGAGACCUGUGCAGGAGGACACAGUGUCUAUUGGUUCAGACAUGUCUCAGGAGAAUCCCAUCCAGGAAUCAUUUACACCCAUGGAGACAGUAGUGAUCAGUGUGAGAAGAGCCCUGAGGCUGGGUCUCCUACACAGAGCUGUGUCUACAACCUCCCCAAGAGGAACCUUAGCCUCUCUGAUGCUGGGACUUACUACUGUGCUGUGGCCUCAUGUGGGGAGAUACUGUUUGGGAACGGGACCAAGCUGGAUGUUGUCCAUGGUUGUAAGGAGGACCAGAUUCUCUUGGUGUACUGUCUGGGUGUAGCGUUGGGUCUGUGUGUCAUCCUCGUCAUUGUCCUUGGUUGCGUUAUGUAUAUGAUCAGCAGGGGAGAAUGUGAACAGUGCAGAGGAACGCCCCCUCAGCCAAGUACUCCGCCAGUCCCCAGUCAUAACCAGGAUCAAGAUGUUGACACACUCCAUUACGCCGCUCUGAACGUCGUCCACAAGAAAGUGAAGGCCGGGAGACAGAGGAGCACCAUGGAGAGAGACACUGUUUACUCUGGUGUGAGACGUCAAAACAUGGACUGA